AAAAUGCGUAAUACCGUGGCCGUAGCGAUGUUGAUGUUGCUUUUGAUGACCGCCGUCCUCACCCAGGCGCAGGAACUCAAGUAUCCUGAGCGUGAGGUGGUGGCAGAGCUGACAGCUCAGAUCCUGCGUGUGAUUCAGGGACCAUGGGGACCCAUGGCCGCAGGACCCCACAAGCGCAACUCUGAGCUCAUCAACUCCAUCCUGGGACUGCCCAAGGUGAUGAACGACGCCGGUAGGAGAUAAGCGACUUCCUCCUCUUCCCCCUCCUUCCUCUGCUAACUCUAAGGACGAGACCAGCGGGUGUAUAUGUGUAGAGCCUUUCACCAUCUUACCCUAAGGGCGGACCAUAAAUAUCUAACUUUUGAGACAAUGUAACAGCACCAAGCGUGUCUUAUUACUCCAGCACCUCACUCCUGUAACA